AUGACCGCCCGUCAGGUGGCCAUUGCCGCUGCGGAGGCUGCGGCGGGUGCGGGUCAGAAGCGCAAGCCGUCGAUGGAUGUGGGCGUGAGCAGCGACGGUGAUGAGGAGGAGGAUGGGUCAGAGUGGGAGGAGAGGGGCCGCCGCACCACCAAGGCCGCCAAGAAGAAGCAGCGGGUGGAUAAGAAGGACAAGGCGGACAAGGCGGCUGCCGGCAAGGCCAAGCCCAAGAAGAAGGGCGGCAGAUCUAAGGCCCAAGCGGCAGAGGAGGACCAUCAGAUGGAGGUACGCUCGCAUCAUGCGAUGGGAGGGCACACCAGGGACCGGCAUGGCUUGGGCAUUGCUCAUCCAUGGCUCGCUGCUGUCUGUGUUUCGUUUGUCUGCCCGUCAGGAUGUGGUUGAGUUGUUUCCUGCCGACCCACUGGAGGCUCUCAAGGCCGGGCGCAGAAGCUACAGACGCAGAUCCAGCGCGUCGAACACGCCAAAGCAAAGGUGAGCGAGAAGGAGAGGGGCUGAGAGAGGAUCACCGGAGAGGAAUGUGUGUGGUGUUGUGUGUGUCGUCCUGCCUGCGUUCAGGCUAAGGAGUUGUAUGAGUUGA